UUGCUACUUAUCAGAAUGUCAACACGGAAUGCCACUGCAGGACUGCAUCCAUGGACAAUGGCAGUGCCAAACCACGGAGUUCUGUGAAGUUAGGAUCCACGAGCAUGUUAGUACUGAAUGCAUGGGACAAGAGCAUCUGCCGCAAUGUCUAGACAAAAAUGCCAACAACCGUCCCACCUGUGACCCCAGGACGCCCUCCAGUGCCGACUGCACCUACUGCUGCAAUGACGAGACCUGCAUGCAACAACUGGCGGCAGCUUUCAAGCGGCACACCUUUGAACAUGAAAGGUUACCUACUCGUGUCAUUGCUGUAUUUUAUAUCUCUGCUGAAAGCGUCUCUGCAAAACACCUGCUACCUACCACAAUGUCAACACGGAAUGCUGCUGCAGGACUGCAUCCUUGGACAAUGGCAGUGCCACAGCAACCAGUUCUGUGAAGUUAGGAUCCACGACCAUGUUAGUACUCAAUGCACAGGACAAGAGCAUCUGCUGCAAUGUAUAGAAAAAGAAGCCAAGAACCCUCAGAGCUGUGACCCCAGGGCGCCCUCCAGUGCCGACUGCACCUACUGCUGCAAUGACGAGACCUGCAUGCAACAACUGGUGGCAGCACCGGAAAAGCAUUGUUUCACAAACCAAUGCGGCGAUCAUUUUGCUGACCUGACCGAUUGUCUCGGUCACACCUGGACCUGUGACAGUGAUGAGUACUGUGAGAUGAUCACCCACCAGGCCGAUUUCCCUAGCCAGUGCAAUCACUUCUCCCACUUGGAAGGUGAAUCCAGGAGAUGGCAGAUGCAGUGCCUGCCGAUUCACUCAACUCGUUCCAAUGGGAAUGGGAAUGGGAAUGGGAAUCACAUAGGCUAUGAUACCUGUCGUGACCUCAGUAAGGAGUGCACCCCAGGCUGCGACCCCAACAGCCACGCACACAACUGCAUACUGUGCGCCACCAGUUUCGAGGAUUUUGAAAGUCAAGUCAGAAACACGACGAGCUCCCUACCGUCCACUGUGUCAUCUACCGGACAGCCAGCGCAGUCCCCUACGUCAUCUACCGGACAGCCAGCACAGUCCACUGUUAGCAGUCAGCCCUCCACUGCAGGAGGACUAUCAACUGUAAUAACAACAACAACUACGACAGCAGCGUCGUCGACAGCAACAUGCGUUCAGUGUGGCGACUACGACAAGAACGUGCCGUGUACAGACGAGGAGACGCUGGACGACACGCAGACGCCGUGCACAGGGGGCGGGGCCUACUGCAUGACGCACGCGCUGGUCGACAGCGCCAAAACGACCAGCAUCUACAAGAGAUGCGUCAAUGAAACAAUCUGCAGGACCAUGUGGUACGAGCAGACCUCUGACAACCCGAUCUGCCUCAACUUUGACCUCAAUGGAGUUACCUCAGACCUCGCAUGCCACUUUUGCUGCCACAGGGACGGGUGCAAUGUGAACAUACUCCCAGCCCAGGACACCUUGUUCAUUCCCAUUGGUUAAAGCAUGUGCAUCACGGUAGUGCAAGUACAGAUAUUGGGCAUGCAUACUGCUUGACCAGUAUGUCAGGGAGCUUGCACCACAAAUUUUGUGGAUAAGACCGUCUGCUGACUCCUUCACUGUAUGUCCAUGUAGUUACUGUUGAAGAAAUCGUACCUGUACUUGUGAGCAUGUCAAGAGUUCGACAUGUAAUAAAAUUCCAUUAUCGUAUUCAUU